AUGUCCAUUGUUGCCAUGGGUUAUUACACCAAUCAUGAUUAUGCUAAAGAUACCAUUGUUCAUAUCUUAGUUACAGGAUUUUUCGGACAACUCAAAGGAUGGUGGGAUAAUUAUCUCACUAAAACUGAUAGAGAAAAUAUCCUCUCUGUAGUUAAAAUCGAUGAUACGGGAAAAGCCAUUGUUAAUAAUGAUGAGCAGCUCCGUGAUGCAUUAUAUACCAUCUUAUACAUUAUAUCCCAACAUUUCUUAGGAGAUCCAUCUUUAUCGAGAGAUAGAUCUGCUGAAUUAUUAUCCAACCUUAAGUGUAGAACCUUAGAUGACUAUAAAUGCUAUAAAGAUACCUUUUUGUCUAGAGUCUAUACUAGAGAAGAUAGCCAACAACCUUUUUGGAAAGAAAAAUUCUUAGUUAGUUUUCCCAAAUCUUUCGGAGAUCUGGUUAGAAUCAAACUCAGAAAUCAAUUUGUCAAUGGAGAAAUUCCUUAUGAUAGUCUUACUUAUGGUCAACUCCAUACUAUUAUCACAAAAAUAGCUCUAAAAGUCUGUCAAGAGGAUAAGAUUCAGAGACAACUAGCUACGGAGAGAGCCAUGAAUAAAAAGGAUUUAGGGUCUUUCUAUGAACAAUUUGGUCUACCCUUUUUUACAACUAAAAAGAAAAAACAAACUCCUAAGAAGGAAACUAUAGAAGUCAAUAAGAAACCUUACAAAAGGAAGUAUAAUAGAAAACCUUCUAAGAAAACAGGGGAAGAUGUCAUCCCCAAAAAUGUUCCUAGAAAACUAAGAACAGGUGUAACCUAUUACAACUGUGGUAAACCCGGCCAUAUCCAUAAAUACUAUAGGCUCAAAAGGAAAAUUAGUAAUCUCAACCUCGAUCCUUCCUUAGAGGAUCAAAUUAAUAACCUUCUCAUUGAAUCCUCUGAUGACGAUUCUGUGAAAGAAUCAAGUGAAGAUAUCAAUCAAAUUUAG